AUGUUCUCUAUGCCUGUUAUAUGUGUAUAUCGUGUCUUUUUCCCCCCAAUUGUUUCAUGCUUAGAGCGAGUGCCUACAAAUUUAACACUUGCAACUGGAGGAUUUCCGGACGUCAGUAAUUAGUGAGUGGGUGUGUUUACCGAGUCCUCCAGCAAGCGACGGCGCCAUGGGCGGGUUGCUGAGCAAAGAGCCGCCGGACCUGGACAGUAUGUUCAACAAAUUCGAGAAGACCGACUCGAAGUCCCUGCUGAAGAAGCACCUGACGAGGCAGCUGUUCGAGCUGCUGAAGACGCGGAGGACGGGCCUCGGGGCGACCCUGCUGGACGUGGCGCGCUCGGGACUGAUGAACCCCGACUCGGUGGUCGGCGUCUACGUCGCCGACGCGGAGUCGCUGACGGUGUUCGCCGAGCUGUUCGACCCGAUCAUCGGGGACUACCACCAGGGCUUCUCGAGCAGGAGCGUGCACCCGGCCAAGAGCUGGGGCAACCUGAACGCCAUCGGGGACCUGGACCCCGAGGGGAAGUACGUGGUGUCGACGAGGGUGCGCGUGGGCCGGUCCGUCGACGGCUUCCCGCUGAACCCGCGCAUGACGGCGCAGGACUACCUGGACGUGGAGGGCCAGGUGGCGGUCACCCUGAGCACGCUGGAGGGCGAGCUCCAGGGCGAGUACAUGUCGCUGUCGACCAUCGGCAAGGCGCGGCGGAAAGAGCUCGUCAACAGGCACUUGCGCUUCAAGGAGGGCGACAGGUUCCAGGCAGCCGCGAACGCCUGCCGGUUCUGGCCGCGCGGCAGGGGCAUCUUCCUCAACUCCGACUGCACGUUCCUGGUGUGGUGCAACGAGGAGGACCACCUCCGCAUCAUAUCCAUGCAGCCGGGAGGCGACUUGGGGCAGGUGUACCGCCGCCUGGCGGCCGCCGUGGACACCAUCGGGGGCUCGCUGGGGUUCGCGCGCCACCCGCGCCUCGGCUACGUCACGUUCUGCCCCACGAACCUGGGCACGGGGCUGCGCGCGUCCGUGCACGUGAGGCUGCCCAGACUGGCGGCCGACCGCGCGCGGCUCGAGCAGGUGGCGACCGAACACGACCUGCAGGUGCGCGGGACCCGCGGCGAGCACACCAAGGCGGAGGGCGGCGUCUACGACGUGUCCAACAAGCGGCGGCUCGGCGUCACCGAGUUCCAGGCCGUCGAGGUCGUGCAGAAGGGCGUACUGGCGCUCGUCAGCGCCGAGAGGGCCUUGGAAGGGUAGGGCGGACUGCCCCCUCCUUCCCUCCCUUACCCCAGCACCCCCUACCACCCGUCGUCCCUCGUCGACAUCAACUCAACGUGCAAGAAUCACCCAGAACACGCGGAAACGACCGCCGCAGUGUACGGUGUCUCGUCGAAUGAACAAAAAGCCCUUCGUUCGGCAAAUUACCUUCAGUUGCUGGCUCUUACGUUAAAGCCCCGCUAUCAACGCCGAUAUGCUUAAUGUUUAAGUUGACCGAAAUGCACGAAAUCAGAAAAAAAAAAUUUUUUUUAAAUAAAUAUUUUUUUUCAACAAGUGUUUUUUUUUUUUUUUUUACUAAUUUUCUUCGACAAACAAACACACAAAACUCAAAUAAUUAAUAAUCCCAGUAAUCGUGCUACGAUGUGAACUUGUAGGGAAAAUGUACCUAUUAAUAAAAAAAAUUAUUGUAUUCAUUGUAAAAUUCA